AUGCUUGCAGGACGGAACGUGCUCAUCACCGGCGGCUCGCGUGGGAUCGGACUGGCACUGGCCCGGAUCUGUGCUGAGGAACAGGCCGAGCAUGUGGCGCUGGUGGCCCGCGAUGCUGUGCGGCUGGCCGAGGCCAAGGACGAGCUGGAGGCGGCGGCAGCGGGAGGCGGUGCGAGCGAGGGGACGGUCUUCUCGGUGCAUACGGCGGACGUGACCGAGGCGGCGGCGGUGGAGGCAGCAGUGGCGGCGGUGCGGUCGGCGGUGGGGAAGGUCCAUGUGGUGGUGAACAACGCGGGCGUGGUGGGCGAGCGUGCGGCGCUGACGGCGGCGACAGCUGACGGGCUCCGGAAGGUGCUCGAGGUCAAUGUAGUGGGCGCGUUCAAUGUGCUUGCGGGUGCGCUACGGGUCGAGAACGCCGACAAGCUGCCUGAUCUGGUGCUCAACAUGUCUUCGGCGGCGGGGGUGAUGGGCAUUCCGCAGCUCGGCCCGUACUGCGCCUCAAAGUACGCGCUCAACGGGCUGUCGGCGCGACUCGGGUGGUGGCGCUGUCGCCGGGCUCGGUGGCGACGGAUUUGA